AUGUUGACACCAAUUAAGAUACAGAGUAGGACUCCAGCAGCUAUACAACUUACUGCCGAACAGAUUGUCCUUGAAUCUGUGUCUAGAGUUAAAGAUCGCCCACGUUUAAUUGGGCAAAACAUGAAUUCUGAACAAGAAAAUGCAGAUUUAAUCUUCAGAAGAAGACAAGCUUGGGAACAAAGUGUUAGAAGGAACUUAUGCACUCAUAAUACAUUCAUUAGAUAUGCAAUUUGGGAAGAACAAAACGGUGAAAUCGAAAAUGCAAGAAAUGUUUUCGAAAGAGCGCUCAAAUUUACCGAAUAUAAAGAACAAACAGUGUGGAAUUGCUAUGUCGACAUGGAAUUGCGACAUAAACAGUUUAAUUACGCCAGAAAUUUAUACGAAAGAGCAGUAACUCUUUUACCAAGAUACGAUGAAUUCUGGCUUCGCUAUGCCCAACUUGAGAUCAGUAUUUCUAAUUUUGAAAACGCGAGAAAAAUUUUCCAAAGAUGGCUUGCUUGGGAACCUCCAGCUCAUGCAUUCCUUACAUUUGUUGAGUUUGAAACUAAACUCAAAGAGUUUUCACGCGCCAGAUCAGUUUUCGAACGAUUACUUAUUAUUCACCCAUUUCCAGAGAGUUAUUUGCGAUAUGCUGAUUUCGAGAUCCGCCUACAUCAAUCAGGUAGAGCUCGCAGUGUUUUCGAGCGUGGUUUGAACUCUUUUGGCGAGAAAAACCUUGGUGAGACUUUUUUAAUCAAAUUUGCAGAAUUUGAAGAAGACCAAGGUGAAAUAGACCGUGCUCGUGCAAUUUAUAAGCUCGGAUUAUCAAAAUUACCAGAAACUUCUUCUCAUGAUAUUUAUCCAGCGUAUUUACAAUUCGAAAAACGAUUUGGCGGUAAUACACAGAUUGAAGAUGCCGUCAUAGAUAAAAAGCGAGCACAAUACAAGCAAUUUCUCGAUCAAAAUCCCAAUGAUUACGAUACAUGGUUUGAAUUAUGCCAAUUACUAGUCGAAAGCUCAAGAAUUGACGAAGCGAGGAUGGCAUUUACAGAUGCAGAGUCCCACAAACCUCCAGUGGUCGAUGAAAAGGAACAAUGGAGCAAAUACGUUCAAGUUUGUCUUCAACAUGCCAUAUUUGAAGAAAAAGUUGCUAAAAAUUACGAUAACGCACGAGAAGCUUACAGAAAAUUAAUUUCUACGGUUCCAAACAAAAAAUUCACUUUUUCACGAAUGUGGAUUCUUUACGCCUUCUUUGAGGUCAGGCAAGAGAACAUCCAGAUGGCACGAGACAUAUUCGGCACUGCUCUUGGUAUUUGCAAGAAAUAUCAGCUGAAAUGUUGCUCAAUUUACAGAUCUUACAUAGAAAUGGAAGGAUUGCUUCAGAACUUCGACAAAGUCCGUAAACUAUACCAAGACUUCAUAGAAAAAGAGCCGCAAUUCCUUUUGGCGUGGACAAGAUUCGCGAUGUUUGAAGUUCGACGAGGAAACGAAGAUUCCGCACGAGAAAUACUGGAAAAGGCUGUUAAUUGCGAAUACAUUGAAGAAAAGGACUUAAUAUGGUCAACUUACAUUGAUUUCGAAAGUCACAUUGGAAAUCUCGAAAAAGUUUCACAACUUUACCAGAAUCUUACUGAAACAAGCAACAAAUUCGAGACAUGGAGAGAUUGGAUAUCAUUUGAAGCAGGAACGAAAGGGAAAGUUGAUUACGCGAGACAAUUGUUUUCAUUGGCUGAAGAAAAGAUGUCGUCAGAUAAAUUAUCACGUGCAAAGAUAAGAAAACUUCGUGUUGAGUUUGAAGAAGAAUUUGGAGAUGAAGAAACACGAAAUGCAGUAGAUGCUGCUUUACCAAAGGAAAUCGAUGGCGAAUUAGUUUUCCCAGAAGAAGGAGAAGAUGCAGCAAGAAAUCUCCUCGAAGCUGCAGCAGAAUGGAAUCUCGAAGAAGAAAAAUAA